AUGCUGCGUCAGCAACAUUCCCUUGGACUGCGUAUGUUCGUCAUCUGCGACCUGAUUCUCGGGUCUAUGAUCCUUGCUGUACUCCCAGAAACGCAGUCCACAAAUUUCCAAUAUCUGCGUAUUGAAGGACCCGAGCACACUGCAACUGUUCUCAAUCAGACCGCAUACCUCAGGUGUCAACUGAAGUUUGCUGCGGUAAACCAGACGCAAUCCGGCGCGAAUUUCCUGCCCAUUUUGAGUUCUCUACAAAGGAAGCAUAAUUUGUGGUACGGGUCGUCACAUGGAAGUUUGCGAUCGCUAUCCAAAUUUGUCGUGCAGUGGAUGAAAGAUGGAUUUGGUUAUGACAAUGAGUCCCUGAUGAACACUUUUCAUGGACGAUAUCAAAUGACUGGACUGCACCAGAAUGGUGACUAUUCCCUUGCCAUUCGGAAUACGCAACUUGAGGAUGAGGGGGAGUAUGCGUGCCAAGUAACAGUCUCAACAAUCCCCAUUCAGUUGGAUCCCGACGUUGCGACGUCGACUUCCAUGACAAUCGGACCAAAAAGCGAGGCGAGAUCGUCAGUCGAGUCAUCCAAGAUGCGUCUGAUCAAAAGCGAAACUGCACGACUAACUAUUGUUGUUCCACCAAAACAACUGAACAUGCGCAGAGGGACAUUUGUGAAUGGAUAUGAAAGUCCCAAGUGGGAACAUAUGACGGGUCCAUUGUGGAUUCAAAUUGGACAACCGCUUCAGUUACAGUGCGCGACAGAUGGCGCUAGGCCAAUUCCAAUUAUCCAAUGGACCAUUGGCGAUUGCCCUGUGUAUGAGACGGAUGAAUGGAGCGUGGCUCCUGGUGAUACUCCGAAACUACUUUCACCUUGUACUUCUGAUGAGUGGAAGGAUAGAAAGUGUUGUUUGACCGUCAAUAUCACCACGAACAUAGAAUCAGUUAGAUGGGUGAAUGGAGGGUCCUUUCGUGCGACAUCAACUGAUGCCAAGUUGAAGAGAGCGGAAGAAUUUUUGAGCUCACCGGAAUUGUACUUGUUCGAAGCAAAGUCAAAUCUCCAAGUUAUUCUAUUGAAUGACCAUUUCAAGACACUUCGAAUUGGCUGUCAUUUUCUCGGUGCGGAGCAACUCGCCUCGACUAUCGGAAGGAGCACAAUGGAGUCUGUGGAACAUUUAGACGGUCCUGUUUCAGUCUACGCCCUUGUCAACCUGCACUAUUUGUCCGGUGUGACGGUAUUACCGGAACGCUUUCCUGGACGCAGCCAGCUGCAGUUGGUGGAAUUUCAUCCCGCUCGUUUCCGUUGCCGCGUGUUGGAAUAUCAGCCGGAUGAUUCGAUUCUCAUUUAUAACUGGAGCAUAACCAAUGCUACUCUAUCGGCCAUUGAUACACGCACUUCUCUCAAUGCCGUCUCGUCUUCCAUGGAUCCGUCAAGUCAAAGUCUAGUUGUUCACCUUUCUAGGCAUCCAGAAACUCCAUAUUUGCUGGAGUUGUUGCCCACUCGAAGAAUGCAUCUGCAGACACUAGGCUGUAACAUACAAAGUUAUCUUCCUGGGCUACCGAUCGAGGAUCAGCGUGCUGUGUCCGAAACAGCCUUCUUUCAGUUGACUGUAACCUACGGGCCCGUGAUUUCCGGUCCAUUGUUAGAGUACGUUGCGGUGGACUUGGACGAAUCCAGCACACACACAACUCCUCCGGUAAUCAAUAUUGAGGAGGUCCGGGAUGAAUGGGACACGCAGUUCGUAUGGCUAACUUGCGAAACUGAUUCAAAUCCACCGGCGACGGUCACUUGGUUCGAAAAUUUACCCAACAACACAAUUCAGUACUUGGGACAGGGUGAGAAGUUUCGUCUCACUGUGAGCACGCAUGUCAACCCGCCUCCCAGACUGGUAGAGAUUUUGGCGUCACAACAUAUGCCUUUCUCGGAAUUGGAUCUCUCAGACCAAUUUAAACAGCACGAUCGUAAAACAUGGGAAACUGCCAUCUUGCGAAAACUCCGAAACUUCACUUGUGAAUCACAAGUACCGGGUUUCAACAAGCAAACAGCCACUAAGCUCGUUGGAACAGCAGGUAAACCAGUUAUUAUUGGUGCUCGGAACAUCCGUGCGAGAAUUGGCGCCAGAGUGGUCAUUACCUGCAACAUUUGGGGACUACCACCGCUAAAAGAAAAAGAGGUUUUUUGGAGUUUUCAUAAAACCACUUUGGAUCCUGAAGGAGCUCCUAUGGUCGACAUGCAGGAAGAGCAAAACAGUGAAAGAACCAAAUGCUUUUGGCGCGUGCAAAACGUGAAGUUAACUUUGGGUUGGCUUAGCACCUUGGAAAUUGAAGAAGUCAGGAAUGAACACUUUGGGUUGUAUAACUGUUGUGCUCGAAACACACACGGUUCAACUUGGCAUUUGGUCAUGCUGCUGCAUCAACAGCAAAUUGCGAGCACGCACUGGCUGACAGCCGAGAAUCUUGUUCACAUGUUCAUUGCUUUGUUACUAAUCACAGUCGUAACUGCUACGCUGUAUUUGAUUUUCAUUCACAAAACGUUUGAUUCAAAAGUUGGCUCGGGUCAUCUAGUAUCCUAUCUACGAAAACCAAACUACAAAAUCAAUGCAAAGAGAAAAGGGAAUCUUUCGGUUAAACAAAGCAUCCAUAAAAAUUGCGUACAGACUGAUGCGGAAAACUGUCAAUCACUCCAUAUAAUCAACAACGAAUUCGACAGCCCCCUUCAAAUGGAUGGAGUAAUUACGAAUAACCACAUCCUUCGGUGCCCAAAUGCCGAUCUCAUGCAACUGCGGCAGUUACCCCCCCAAAGAUCUUUCCUACAUAGAAAAACACCAGAUGAGACGCAGUGUAAAUUUUCAACACUUUCUAAGGAGAAAGCGUCGCUGUCUAAAAAGACAUUAGCAUGCUCAAAUGUUUCGAGCAAUCCUAGCUACACAGGACUGCGUUUGCCUCCAAUGAAAAGAGCUACCAUGGAUGCAUUGCUCAAGCAACAACCAAUUUCAGCGCCAGGCCAUCCUUCCUCACAGGCUUUCAGACGUUCAUUGAGAUCACAAUACUCAUCUUUGAACCACUGUGCUCCGUCAAAUGCUCUAACCAUUCAAGCUGUACCAUUGCAUUCGUCAUACAAAUGGUGUGCCAAAUGCCAACAUGUGUGUGGCGCAAAACACGAAGCCAAAACUUGUGAAGCGACGUGCAUCCGUCCUGUUGCACAACCCACUAUUUUCUCGCACAUUGAGGUAAACCCUAAUGUGUUAUCAACACUGAACUCCGAAUUCGCUGAACUUUGUGAUACAAAACUGACCAACACCAGCAGCCUGAGUGAUCAGAUACGGAUUCACAAACGAUAAUGGCUCAGAAACAGCCGUUCUUCAGGCAUACCUUUGUCUUUCUUUCCCAAUCGAAUGGUGCACGGAUUCUAUCAUUACGGUUUCUGUAUAUAUCAUAUGCAUUUACAGACGAAAUAAAUCACAUACCAAG